AUGGAGCUGGAUCCCAAUAUCGUCGCCAUCUUUGGCCCACCGCCUAAAGAUCUUGAUCUUAGUCGACAUCAAAUCACCACUUACAAUAUCGUUACAUGUAUCAUUCUUGGAAUUGCCUUUUUGGUGGUGGCUUUGCGCUUCUAUGUGAGGAACAUGAAGUCUGCCCAGUUGGAGAUGGAUGAUUGGGCUGUGUUGGUGAGCUUGAUUUGCGCUGCUGCUACUGUCACAAUGACAAUCUUGGCUGGUGAACAUGGUUCAGGGGCACACGUUUGGUCCAUCAAGAUCACGACUCUAGUUCAGGUGUUCAAGCUUGUCUACGCCGAACCCUUCGUGUACGCCCUCGCUGUUACAUCCGUCAAGAUCAGCAUUCUCCUCCUCUACCGUCGACUCUUCCCCCUCGGCAUCGACAAGAGCCGCGCAUAUACGAUAAUGUUCUACAUUGCAACCUUCCUGACAACCUGCUAUCCCUUUAUACUCUGGAUCACGAUGGCCUUCGCAUGCAAGCCUAUCAGCUUCUUCUGGAACCAGUAUAUCGGCGCCAAAGGAAAGUGCAUAGAUGUGAAGCUAUUCUUUCUUGUGCUGGGCAUCAUGAACAUGGUCAAUGAUAUCAUCAUUUUGAGCGUCCCUAUUCCCCGUAUCUGGACCUUGCAGAUGAACAACAAGACCAAGGUUUCGGUUAUUUGCAUUAUGCUUCUCGGUAGCUUUGUCUGUGUUGCCAGUAUUGCUCGUAUCUACUACCUGUGGGGUUUCUUCCAGAACCUCGAUGCCACAUGGUGGAUGGGACCAUCAUUUGCCUGGUCGAGUCUGGAGCCCUCUGUCGCUAUCAUUUCAGCAUGUCUCCCCACGCUGGCGCCUCUUUUCCGACUUGGUCGUAUGAACGCAACAUCGCGAGGCACACCUUCUGGGGGUAAUGAGCUAUCCAAAUCGGGGUCCAAACAUUUCCAACUCUUCAGUGUCAACCGAACGAAAGGAACUGGAUUCCAAAGCGACGAUGAGGUUGAGUUGACAUAUGAUGUCGGUCGAGGAGGAACGAGUGACUCAGCACCCUGGAAUAACAGGGAAAAUAAGGAAUCAUCUGCUGAGCAGGGUAUCGUUGUUUCGACCCAGGUUUCCGUCACGCGUCAUGAGAGGAAGAGUCUCAAUGACAGAGUCUAG